AUGCGGUUGACGCAAGAGUUGCUGACGAAUCCCCAUUUUCCUACUACUGCUUUGAAUGACAUCAUUAUUCAGCCGCUACUAUUGCGUAAAAUUAGUGUUUUUUUCUUGGUUAGAAGCCAUCAUACCGCCAUUUUGAAAGUAAAGCCAAAUAUCUUCAUUUCCAAAUUGUACUUUUUAGGAAAGGACCGUCUCUUGGCUCGUCAAAUUUACAACUUUAUUAACGGAGUACCAAACAUGUCGAGAAAAUGCCCAAGAUGUUUUUUGCAUCAACUUCCUGUAGUUAAUUUGACUUUCAGAGAUGGUGAUCCGGUUCCUCUGUCCGCUGUAUACAGUUAAAUGGUAUAUCAAUUGACAAUUUUGUCAAUUACUAUUUAGUUACUGUGAUG